UGUAGGGCCGCUGGAGGAAGUUAUUUGUCAAUUCAGAUUUGGUAGCAAGAAAUCCCCAGGUAAGUAGGCCCUCCUUUCCUCCAGUGACAACCGUCCCGCAUCAGGCUGCCUCCCCACAGUGAGCCCAGCCUGGACACCUGCCGGUGACACCCAGGAAUGAAUCCGUCCCCAGCACCACCGCGCACCUGGGAGUAGCCUUCACUGCAGACCAUGCUGGGUUUUGGGGCAGGGUGUGCCCUCAGAGCUGUGUCGCCCUCUGUGCGCCCCUGCCUGCACCCAUUAGGGGGCACCUUGGCAUUUCAGAUCAGAAACCCAUGGCUGGUUUUGCCCCUAAGGAGGGAAGUAGGCCGGGUGCCUGAUGUUCACUGGUAGGAGAAUCCAGACAGCAGAUUCAAAUCCCUCCAAAUGUAUCUACAUAUUUAACUUUAUUUUGCUAAAAUAUUAAGAGAGGUUUAGGUGAGUGGAGAGUUUAUGAUAUGAUUCCAAAAUUUACCUGAAAGAGCAUGUGGGUUUCCAUGGAGGAAAGUCAACCCAUGCCCACUCAGACAUCUCUGAAUUUCUAAUCCGCAGAACCUGUGAGCAUAUGAAAUUGUUCUGUUUUUUGUCCCUAGGUCUGGGAUGGUUCAGUACACAGAGCAGAUAACUGGAAUGUCCCCAUUCACAAAGGACACUGGCCUGCUUUCACAGCCUUCUUCUAGAUCCUUCUAUCCCUUGGGUGACUUCAGUGUCCCCACAGAUAAACUUUACAGCACUCUUGUCCCCAGCUGCUCACACUCAGUGAUGUCCGUAUGUCGGCCCCCUUAGCUGCCCUCUUUCAGUUUACCAAAGGGCUGGGUUUCCUUGAAAUUGUAAAGACCCUGGGAGGGUUUGGGAUAAGGGACAAAUAGAGGCCUCAUCUGACCACCCCUUCAAACUCCUGCCUGGGGUUGCCCACAGGGAGAACAGUGAGCAGAGCUGCAGUUCACAAGGUCACCAUGGCAACCUAUUGUCCAUCAUAAUGGACAUACCUCAGCAGGGCGGGGUAAAGGUCCAUAAGUAGUGGGGCCAUCACCCCACAGCCAACCACUUGCUACUUGGACCCACAGGGCAGGUAUCAGGUGGCUGCUUUCAGGUGCAAGAUAUAUUGAUUAAAGCGUGAGUAGAGCUGAGGUUGGGAGUGCCGAGGACCCUGAGCACGGGAGGAAGCAGAGGAGCAGAGGAGGUGUUGGCUUGAGGUGGCCUGAAGUUCAUGGGCCCCAGGAUGCUGGGUCCCAUGUACGCCAUCUUCCUGCUGCUGCUGCUGCCGUCUCCGCUCCUGACCACCAGGAGCACCCCCGACCCCUCCGUCACCCAGGACCAAGGUCACCACCCCAGCUCCAGGCUCCAGGAGAGCCCAGCAGAUGGGGAAUCCUGCUGGAGCACUUACGACCUGUACUUCGUCUUGGACUCAUCACGCAGUGUAAAUGACAACUGGGAGUUCACACAGAGCUUUGUGCGGGAUUUGGUGCACAGAUUUAAAAACCCCAAACAGCGUAUGUCGUUCAUUACCUACUCGACACACGGCUGCAUCCACAUGAAGCUGACCUCGAACAGAAAAAUAAUAAACAAUGCUCUUGUUGAAUUGCUCAAUGUACGACCUUCCGGAGCCAUAAAUAUGCAGCACGGAUUGGAAAAGGCCAAUGAGCAGAUCGAAAGAACACGAGCUGCAGGAGCGAAGGUACCGAGCCUCAUCAUCGUGCUGACAGGUGAACAACUGCUGGCAGAAUCGUUUGCAGAAACACAAGUUGAAGCUGCAAAAUCCAAGCAGUUGGGGGCAACUCUGUAUUUCGUGGGUGUGCAAAAUUAUCAGCUAUCCCAGCUGUUGGAAAUUGCUGGUGAAGAGGAUCAUCUGUUUCAAGUAGACAGUGGAUACCCUGGACUGGAAGACAUCGUUGACCCACUCAUACUGAGCUCAUGUGUGCAGAUUACGUCUGUGGAUUUCUCCGCUAUCUGCACCAGAGAUAGAAAUGAAGUCAAGGUUUUUGGAAAAGGUUUUAAAAACAUACAGAAGGAUGAAGUUGUCUGUCAAUUUCGAAUUGGAAAGAAAACUGUAGGAAUAGAGGCUCUAUCUGUGCAAGAUACCUCCAUUACAUGCCCAGGACCGAAGUUAAAUAAUCAGCACCAGGCCGUCUUCAUCGAUAUCAGCCUGAAUAAUGGCCUCUCCUUUAUCAAGACCGAUUUUGAUGUCAGCAGGAGGAACUGUGUGACUUCCUGGGAGAGGACCCCUCCUGCCCUACUGGAUGCCAUAUCACCAGCUGCCCAACGACAUGCCCUUCCACAUGCUGUGCCGGGUGACACACGGCAUGUUUGCCCGGAUAAAAAGCCUUACAGACCAGUCCUCAGUUUCAAACCUCUCUACUGGGCUGUGCCUCUCAUUUUGCUGCCCUUUCUCGUGCUGCUGUGCUGUUGUAUUGGGCGACGUUGCACUGCAUGUAUCCCGGCGUCACUGGGAAAGAAGUGCCUUACGGUGAUUAUGUCGUGUUGUAAUAAAGACGAAACGACAGCGCAGACAGGUGAUUCUGCUGUCCCCCUGCUGACGCCCGUCGUGGACCAUCCUGCCGCACACAGCAUCAACCCAGCUGCCAUUGCUCCAUCCCCAGCAGCACGUGCUCAUGGUGCCAGGGUGCCCAACCUGCCCAGCUGAAUGAUGCCACUCAUACCUGCUGCAGCCUGGACGCUCCGGGAAGCCGCACUGCAACUCUCACCCCAUAACACGAUCGCUACAGCACCAAAAGCCCAAUAUUGUUUUUUGUUUGUGUGUUACUGUUUUAUAUUUUGGUAUGAUUCAUAUACACUUAAA